GUGUUCCACGACCAGGACGAAAACCACACUGCUCUUCCUGACUUACUUCCUGCUCUAACUGACCCUUAUUUUAAUUUUUAGCUUUUUUUCUUAGUUGUAACAAAUUAUAUUUUUAAGCACAUAAUUUAUUGUUAACCCAGUUCAUCCUCCUAAUCAUAUUUAGAACAUGCUCGUUUCUUUAACACACUUAUCUCAUGCCUAUCAAUCAUUCAAAUAUGUAAUAACAUCUAAGAUGAACCAGUCUUGUUUGCAUAGCAGUUGUACACUUCUAAUAUUCAAAUUCAAAUUGUAAUCGUGGAUGUCUUCAUAGUUUUCUUUUCCCUUGUUGAAUCUAAAACAUUUAGGGAUAACAUUCUCUUAAAGGCAGAAAAUAAUAUUCUGUUUCCUAACAUGUUGCCUCCUAGAGAGCUUUUAGCCAAAUCUUAAUAUAUGGAGCCACAGAAUGACACAAAUGUUCCAUAAAUUAUAAAACAAUUUGCAAGUGGCAGCUGCAGGUGGCAGCAUCUAUACGCUGCAAAGUCCAGGGACUGAUGUGGCAGCCAUCUCUUUCAGAAACAUGGAAACAAAUAUAGCAUCCGCGUUUGCAGAACAUGAGAGAUGCACUUUACAUCUCACACGCUCCACACACAACAUGCAGAAAAACUCUGCACCAACUGGCCGGUCUGGUGGCGUGGAGGCCUCACGAUUUGCUCUUGUUUUGGAGCAAGGACGUGGACACCUGCCAGUCACUGAGGAGACUGUUAACACCUCUCUGCACCGAUGUAUUUUGGUGUCUGAGCCGACAGCUGGAGCUUGCUCAAAGUUGAGUCACUCAGCAGUGCAAUUAUUGCAAACCCAGCAGCAAAUCUAGAACAAAAUGAUAAAAAAAAAAUUAAAAAUCCAUGUUUCCUGUCAAACUGAAGACUGUACUUUAGUUAUUCCUGCUCCGUUCAGUCCGUUCAGUCCGUUCAGCGUUCUUAAGACUGUAAGACAUUUGUUAUUAACUAUGCAAGAAACUAAUGGCUCAAUAUGAGGAAUCGCUCAUUAUGCUACAGGUGCAUUUCAGUAAAUUAUGAUUUUAUCAAAAACAAUUUCCAUAAGUGAAAAUCCUUUAUGAAGACUCACUUCGCACAGAUUGUUUUUUAAUGUUGAUGUUACAGUCAGUUAAAACCGUCUAUUUCAGAAAAUGUUGUUAUUCAGAAAACCAAAAACAUUCAUCAAUACAUAAAUUUUGUGACCACUUAAUAGCUUAUGCAAUGAUGAUGCUAUCAUCAUUGUCACAACUGCAUUCAAUCAUAUUAAUGGAAAGUUGAAUGGAAGGAAACAAUGUGCACAAGCAGCAAGUAUUAUUAGAUUCUUGAGAGGAUUGUGAAGCAAAGGCCAUUUUGUGCAUGCAAGAGUAUUUAGUCCACAACACUGACAUACUUUUAGUACGAUGGUAUUUGUUUACAUGGUUAUUUUUUUUUCGGAGAAACUGAAGUUUGGGUUUUAUGUAAGUCAUGAUCAUCAAAACCCAUUUGAGUGAAAGAAAGAAAGAAUGUGUCACCGUCCAAUGAAUCCUGAAAAUAAAUGAGACUCAGGUCACUGUUUUAUGAUUUUAUUACAAAAAGCAUUUCAAUUCAGCUAGGUACGACUUUAUAUGAUCAAAAUAAAGAAGACAAAAUAAGGAUUAGGAUUUAAUAGAUUUUAAAAACCCCAUAUCAGCUUCCCUGUAGCGCCUUACUUCAGUAGAGGAAGGCAGUAGCGCCCCUCUGUGGUUGGUAAAUUAAGUGCAGUAGAAAAUGCAGGAAAGUGAAUUCAGAGGUUUAUUUCUUUUUUUGUUUUGUUUCAACCUUAAAUAACCACAAGCAACACACAUACUGAAUUUAAAAAAACCCAAAACAACAACUUUACCGAGUUUAUAUAUUUGUACCAUAAAUUUAUUAUAAAGAUCUGAAUAGAUGAGACAACACUUUAGUUGUCUUUGUAGAGAGAACAUUGAGGGAGAGAAUAUUAUAGCCUCUCUGAUCAAGAAUCCUCAUCUGAUGACCCCCAACGACUCAAAAUUACCCAGCUGAAUAAUGAAGAAGUGAGAAUGAUUAUCAUGCACCAGCUAUUGUUUCAGAGUGGGUGUUAGUUUUAUUCUGGGUUCACUUCCUGGUGAGUUUCUUUUUCUUUGAAAGAGAUCAAAGAUGUGGAGCUUUCAGAAACUGUUCUUCACUCUGUGCUCAGCUCUGAGCUGUGUGCGCAGCGCUGCAGGUUUGAUCCGUGUGUUUGGAUAUGAAGGUACACACGUGAAUAUUUCCUGCUCAUAUCCUCAGGGUUAUGAGGCUUAUCAAAAGUACCUGUGUAGGAACGACUGCGCGGACAGCGACGUCCUUAUUACAACAUCACAAGCAAAUAAACCCAGACACUCCAUCUAUGAUGACAAAAGUACAAGAAUCUUCACAACAACAAUUGCUAACCUUCAGUCAGCCGACGCUGGGAAAUAUUGGUGUGGAGUGACAAGGAAUGGAAAAGAUCUUUACACCGAGUUAAAACUAGAAACAAAACAAGACAGUUGCUGCAGCACGGUGAACAACAUCCAAGGUAACGAAGGCGGCUCAGUGACCAUCAGCUGUCCGUACGACUCUGAGUCUGACGACAAGCUGAAGUUCCUCUGCAGAGGAAACCGGCCCUCCACAUGUCGACAGCAGGCAGUGAUCACCUCUAGCAACACACAAAAUGGACGAAUCAAACUCUCUGAUGACAGGAAGUCAAGAAUAUUCACAGUGACCAUUUCCAGUCUGACCCUGAAGGAUUCUGGGUCGUAUCUUUGUGGAGUCCAGAGAAACUCAGGAUUUGAUGUUUUCUCUGCUGUUGAGCUGGAGGUCAAAGAAUGGUGCUGUGUGAAGUCAAAGAUAAUUAGAGAAACUGCAGGACAUGAAGUAACCUUGCAGUGCCCUUAUCCACCUAAUCACCGAAACAACAGGAAGUUCCUCUGCAAAGGAAGUCAACGCAGCAACUGCACAGACAUGAUGAAGGGUCAAAGCAGGUUCUUAGUGCACAGUGAUUCCUCUGAGUCUUUCUCCGUUAAAAUCACACACCUGGAAGCAGGAGAUAACGGAACCUACUGGUGCCGUUCAGAGCCAGAGUGGAACGUCGGAAAUUAUACCCAGUUUCAUCUGUCUGUAGUAGAAGAAGAACAGAAUGUGGCCAAAAAGAAAACGCUUCAGGCGUUGCCAACACAAGACACCACAACGGUAUCUCGGCACCAGAGCAGCAGAGUGACAACUGCCCCGCCGGUCUCUGAGGAACUCAUUGAAGGGUUUCCAGACGUCGCCCUCUAUUCACUCGUUGCCAUCGUUGGUGGGCUGUUGCUGCUGACUGUCAUCCUGGUCACGGUUUUCAAGAGCAAAUGUUCCAAAGUACAAGAAAUCGGAGUCGUUGCAGACGGAAAAAAGCUCGACUUCGUGGAAGCGCAGGAAGUGUGUGGCAGAGAAGAUGUGUAUCAGAAUCAUGACUCUAUGGUGAUGAGAUCACAGCAGAUGGCCUCGAGGCAACAACAUGCCACCUAUCACGCCAAUGAUGUGGACGAAGAUGAACGCGACUACGAAAACGUCACAGCAGCUGAGGACAUCUACUGCAACGAGGGUUUCCAUAAAUUUAAUUGUCUUCUCUCUGCAGCAGCUCUGAGUUGUGUGAGCAGCGCUGCAGGUUUGAUCUCUGUGUUUGGAUAUGAGGGGAGCGAUGUGACGGUUUCCUGUCCAUAUGAUCCAGGAUAUGAGAGAUACCAGAAGUACCUGUGUAAGAACAGCUGUAGUUACAGUGAUUUUCUUAUCAAAUCAUCGCAGGGAAAUAAAACCAAAUACUCCGUUUACGAUGACAAAAGAACAAGAGUCGUCGCAGUGACCAUCUCUGAUCUUCAUUUUGGUGAUGCUGGGGAAUAUUGGUGUGGAGUGACCAGAGUAGGAAAAGAUAUCUACACUGAAGUAAAGCUGGAAGUAAAAGCAGACAGAUGCUGCAACACGGUGAAUAAAACCCAAAGUAUUGAGGAAGGUUCAGUGACCAUCAGCUGUCCGUACGACUCUCAGUCUGUCGACAAGCUGAAGUUCCUCUGCAGAGGAAACCGGCCCUCCACAUGUCGACAGCAGGCAGUGAUCACCUCUAGCAACACACAAAAUGGACGAUUCAGACUCUCUGAUGACAGGAAGUCAAGAAUAUUCACAGUGACCAUUUCCAGUCUGACCCUGAAGGAUUCUGGGUCGUAUCUUUGUGGAGUCCAGAGAAACUCAGGAUUUGAUGAUUUCUCUGCUGUUGAGCUGGAGGUCAAAGAAAAAGGAGAACGAAAUGCAAGUGGAGAAAAAAAGCUUGAGGAUCUGCCACCAAGCCUCACGACAGAAGUGUAUGAGCACCAGAGCAGCACAGUGAAAACUAUCAUUACUACCACACCACCAGCAUCAGAGGAACAGGCUAAAGUGCAUUAUCAUCCAAGCACCACAAUGAAAACUACAACACCACUGGUUUCUGAGGAACUGACUGGAGGUCCUCUAUCACCUAUGAGCAGCGCUGCAGGUUCGAUCCAGGUGUUUGGAUAUGAGGGCGGAGACGUGAACGUUUCCUGCCCCUACGAUCGGGGAUUCGAGGGUCGUCAGAAAUACCUGUGUAACAACGACUGUCGUUACGCUGAUGUUCUUAUAACAACAUCACAAGGAAGUAGUGGAAAAUACUCCAUUCACGAUGAUAAAACAACCAGAGUCUUCACAGUAAUCAUCUCUGACCUUCAUCUUGGUGACGCUGGGAAAUACUGGUGUGGAGUGACAAUAAUAGGAAGAGAUAUCAACACUGAAAGAAAGCUGGAAGUAAAACCAGACAGAUGUUGCGACAAAGUGAAUAAAAUCCAAAGUAUUGAGGAAGGUUCAGUGACCAUCAGCUGUCCGUACGACUCUCAGUCUGUCGACAAGCUGAAGUUCCUCUGCAGAGGAAACCGGCCCUCCACAUGUCGACAGCAGGCAGUGAUCACCUCUAGCAACACACAAAAUGGACGAUUCAGACUCUCUGAUGACAGGAAGUCAAGAAUAUUCACAGUGACCAUUUCCAGUCUGACCCUGAAGGAUUCUGGGUCGUAUCUUUGUGGAGUCCAGAGAAACUCAGGAUUUGAUGAUUUUUCUGCUGUUGAGCUAGAGGUCAAAGCAGAGUCGUGCUGCGCUAAGUCAAAAAACAUGAGUGGAGUAAUGGAGCGUAGUGUAACCUUCCAGUGCCCUUAUGCACCCCAGCAUCCCAAUGACACAAUGUUCCUCUGCAAGGGAGACAGAGCCAGCAACUGCACAGACAUGAUGGAUGAAAGUAGGUUUAUUCUGAGCGAUGUUUCCUCCAGCUCUUUCUCUGUGACGGUCACAAAGCUGGAAGCAGGAGAUGCUGGAACGUACUGGUGUGGCUCAGGCCCAGAGGCGAGUGAUGGAAACUACACCCGCUUUCAUCUUUCUGUAGAUGCGACUCUCCACCAACUUUCAGAUCCAGCUAUCUAUGCCCUGUUUGCUUUAGCUGCUGGGCUGCUGCUGAUGGUGACAUUCGUCCUAGUUAAAGUUUACAAGAAUAAAUGUCACAAAACAUUGAAAGAAAGAGAAGUUUCCAGAUGAAGAAUCUAAACGUCAUUUUGCAGAUGUUUUAGAGGACGUCUAAAACAUCUGCAGACCAAAGCUUCGUCUGCAGGGGCUAUGGGAUCAUAUGAAAUAAUGUUCACUGGACUAUUUAAACCUAAAUGAAUGCAAUUCAUUAUUUAAGUACUCAGAUAAAAUUUUUAGGUCUUAUUUUAGAACAAUUUUCAUUCAAAAAGUGUGUUUGUGAGAGAAAAAAACAAAGGAAAAUAAAUACAAAUAGUUGAACCAGCAAAAUAAAAAUAAUUAUCUCACAAUGUCAAACUAUGUACAACUGAGGAAAUGCACUUGCAUGUGUAAUAAUGAAUAAAACAUGACAGGUAUAAACAGUGUAAAAAUGUCUAAACUCUAAACUGCACACCUAAACGAUAGAAUAAAGUUUAAGAAUAAACUGGAACUUUGAAUUAAAAUGUAUUCAUGAAGAUGGCUCAGUGUCCAGUGAUGACAGGAAGGCAACAAUAUUCACUGUGACAUUUUCCAAUCUGACUCUGAAGGAUUCUGGGUCAUUUUUUUUGAAGCAUGGCACUAUGGGACAUACUGCAACGUUCCAGUGUCAUUGUCCACCUCAUCAUCGUAACAAUAUGAUGUUCCUCUGCAAAGGAGACCAGAGCAGCAUUUCUUAUAAGGGUAUGUUCACACUGCACGAUGUUCAGAGCACGGUGAUACAAAUGUAGACUAAAAGGAAUAAUACUGUAGUUUACUGAUGUGGAAAAUUACAAUUAUGUCACACCUGCUAGUUGUAUUGCUAUAUGUUUAUUCUAAGUUCUGUAUAUUCCCACCAAGUUAAAGCUGUUUGGGUUACAUGCACAGGGUUGGACGUUGUUUUUCUCAGCUGCAUGGGAACCAGUCUGAUUCCCAUGCUUUGGUUCCCUUAUUCCUUUGUACAAAACUCAUGUGUCGUCUCUGCCUGGCAGAGCUUUCCGUUUCAGACUUGCUUCAUUAUUGACUGUCCUGUGAGCUCUCUGAGUUGUGCACAAUUCAUGAAUAAACCUGAUUGAGUGAUUUUA